GCAGAACCUAUCAGAACUCAGUCACAUAAACACAUCCGCAAACGGAACAGUCAUAGACCUACGAGCCGAAAAGCUUCGUAAAAUAACUUUGAUAUCUAAAAGGAGUUCAGCGUUUUGUAUUCGAGUUUUUUGUUUGGACAUUACUGCGUUUGCAGAUUUCUUUUAGCCCACAACUGGCACUCUAGAUGCAAGUCCGGAUCUACCAAAGGCAACAUGUUUGACACCGCAUUGGGAACAGUCUUGAGCCUGAUGAUGCAGUUCAUCUUCCUGAUAUUCUAUCAGAUCCUGGCACAAGUGGUCCAGCAUCCAUUGAUAACCACUGGACUAUGCCUGCUGGGAGCUUUUGCCUACCACGCCGAUCAGGAAUCACUUAAAGAGAUAUAUCAGCGCGUACCCGUUCUGAUUAGGAUUCCACUUCGAUUUUGGAACAAAUCGAGCUCAAGAUAUCCUGCUUCAGGAUAUGGGUACGACAUGAAUCAUGGUCCGCAUACCUGGUUACCAAGUUCUCUAGAGGAAUCAAACUGCUUCCAGAGCCCAGUCAACAUCGAUGAAACGCAAAUUCAACGCUUGGCCAUAAGGGAGCUGCUGAACUGGAACCACUACGAUGAUCUGCCUGCCAGCAUCACGCUGGAGAAUACGGGUCGGACACUUAUCCUCCGGGCCCAGUUCCACGGUAAUGCACCAACUAUAAGUGGAGCUGAUCUCUUGGCCAGCUACACGUUUUUGGAGCUGCGCUUCCACUGGGGGUGGUGCAACAGCGAGGGAUCGGAGCAUACGAUCAACCACCGAAAGUUCCCGCUUGAGAUGCAGGUGAUGCACAAAACGGGAUCGGGUGUUCCCAGGACGUGCACUAGUAGCUAUGAUCUCCUGAUGAUCGGGUACGUUUUUGACUUGUCCGCCCACAAUCCGUACCUGGAUCCCCUGGUGCAGAAUUUGCGAUUGGUUCAGAAGCCUUGAUCGCGUGUGCAGAUUCCUCCAUUUCCCAUAUCCUACUUGAUGUAUCCCUUUCGAUCCGGGUUCUACUCCUACGGCGGUUCGCUGACCCAUCCGCCCUGCUACCAGGGCACCGAAUGGUUCAUCUUUCCCGAGUCCCUGGCUAUUAGCGACUUUCAGCUGCGUCACUUUCGCCUGCUCCUCGGUCCGGACGGGAUUUCGCCCAUCGCCCGAAACAGCCGACCAGUCCAAAACAUGGGAAAUCGGGUCGUAAGCAUGAACUGCUUCUGCCCGUAUGACGCCGCCCAGUUGUCCAGAAUGCAUGUGGAGCUUUGCCAGCAACAAGCUCAAGAGGAGCACGAGGAGGACCGUAUCGAACAGGAGCAGCAAUUGGAACUGGAGCGCGAAUUGGAGCGGCAGAGGGAACGGGAACUGAAAGUUCAGCAAGAGCGGGCAAGCGAGGCGGCGGCCAUCGCUGCCUCCGAGGACGAGGGCCAGCUGGUGGAGACCAUUGAUACCACGACCAUAAUAACUAGCAGCAGCAACACCAGCAUAUGCAUGACCACGCUUUUGCGCAAGGAUUCGCCCAGGGAACUGGAACAGCCACCUCAGAUGCCCAUGAUGGCUCCCAAUCAGGGUUCAUUUUGCAAUCCCGGCAUUGUGAUUUUCAGCGGCAGCAAUGAAUCCAAGUCCAAGUGCGGCAUCCAUCAGGGUACACCAGAGGAGCUCAUGAUCCAUAACAGGGGCAUUGGAGUGGGAAUGAACUUGGGUGGACAGAACGGCUGCAAGGCUGAUGCCUUUUGCAGCGUGGGCGAUGGCGUCAACAUCGGGGUACGGAUGGAGAUGGUUGAGUAGCAGAUAUGCCAGUACCAACCAUUAUGUCCUCCAUAGACACUCCAUUUGUGGUCCAUGCUGCACGAAGAACCGGUGGGGCUAGAUGGAGUACACGGAACACCGGUCAAGGCCGACUGGGGGCCAACUGCUGCUCUCUGUGUGCCCGGAAGCGAUUGAAUCGCGUGCGCGUGGAUUAAACAAGUUGCGUUUAUAUUUUCUGAAGCAUAA